CUCAAUCCUUGUGCAGCUAUGGAGGGACUUCUCUCGGCGUGUCUCCUGGUGACGUCGGUCUGGCCUUCCCAUCAAUAUGUCCUCCUCCCCGAUUCCCAGACUUUCAGGAAGGACACACACGACAAAGAUCCAGAGUAUUGGACCAAAAGUGCUCUUGACGAACUCCACGCAGCACUAAAUAUGGAGUCCACCGUAGGGGUCGCUCACAACGUCAUUCUCUUCUUGGGCGACGGUAUGGGGAUCCCUACAGUCACAGCCAGUCGGAUUUUUGCUGGGCAGGUCAAAGGUCAAUCAGGAGAAGAAAAUUCGCUCAGUUUUGACAAGUUUCCGCAUGUUGCGUUGGCAAAGACGUACAGCGUCGAUAAACAAACUCCCGACUCUGCAGCGACGGGAACGGCAUUCCUGACUGGGGUCAAGGCCAACUCAAACACUCUCGGCGUUAACGGUAAUGCUGAAUACAACAAGUGCGAGUCAGUCGAAGGAAACGAGGUUCUGUCUAUACUCAGGUUUUCGCUCCAACAGGGGAAAUCUGCCGGCGUCAUCACGACAACACGCAUCACACACGCCACCCCUGCCGCCAGCUACGCCCACGUGACUAACCGGAACUGGGAGGGAGAUUCAAAGAUGGUGGGGGUGACCGGCGGAUGUAAAGACAUAGCAGAACAGCUGGUUGAGGACAAUCCAGAUAUACAGGUACUCCUAGGGGGAGGACGGAUGUUCUUCACCCCCAACACCGCCCUAGACCCAGACGAGGGCAACAACGAGGCACAGAGAGAACAUGGAAGAAGGGAUGAAAGGAAUCUGAUAGACGCGUGGAAAAAUCGAAUGGCAGCAAAUAAACAGAAGUACCGAUACGUCACCAACCUCACCGACUUCAACAACGUCGACCCGCUCGAGACAGAUUUCCUGUUGGGGUUGUUCAACCAGGACCACAUGCAGUUUGAGGCUGAGAGGCAGCAGAAUCCAAACAAGGAGCCAUCUUUAGCUGCCAUGACAGACAAGGCCAUACGGAUACUUAGGAAAAACCCCAAGGGAUACUUCCUCUUCGUGGAAGGCGGUCGCAUCGACCAUGCGCAUCAUGUAAACAGAGUCGCUCUGGCAUUGUCGGACACUGUAGCAUUUUCUGAAGCUGUGUCACGUGCUGACAAUCUGACCAAUCACAGGGACACGUUGAUAGUGACCACAGCUGACCACUCCCACACCAUGAUGAUGGCCGGAUACCCUUCCAGAGGCAACAACAUCCUUGGUGUGGUGGACACGUCUCUUGACGAUGACAACCUGACAUACACAACGCUGAUCUACGGAAAUGGUCGAAACGUCAACUACGGAGGCCGGCGAAACCUCACGAAUGAUGUAACGACCAAUGUGAAUUAUACCUCUGAGGCAGCGGUGCGGCACAAUAUUGAAACACACGGAGGUGAAGAUGUUGGUAUUUAUGCACGGGGGCCCAUGUCCCAUCUCUUCCACGGGGUCCACGAACAGAACUACAUUGCGCAUGUCAUGAUGUACGCUUCCUGCGUGGGACCAUAUGCUGAAGACAGACAAUGCGCAAGGUCCCUGCUCUCGGCUCCAACGGGGCGACCUCAGAAACCCUGCAUCAACACGGCGUCAUCCAACCACUGGAACCUGAUACUUCUUAUUACAGUGAUACUAGAACUCUGAAUGUGAUCUGUUUUACAAGUUAUGGCAUCUUAAUCAGCUUAAACCGAUUUGAAGAAGUUUUCGUAAAAGUA